ACCACUGCACCAUCAACACUGCAGACCACCACAACUGCCAUUACGGAUGAUUUCUCCAGCCUUAAGAUCUCGCCUAGCGAUACAUGCGACCCUCCCAACAUCGAGCCAUCUACCAACAAAUCCGAUGAUCUGUCAAAUGUCAACAUCCCUUGCGAGAACCCGAANCAAAAGAGGCAGUGCUCUAACUGUGGCAACAUGGAUGCGAAGGCCCACUGCUCUGGCUGUAGUCAAGCACCCAACACUGACGGUUCGCCUCAUAUCAGUGUUCGCUACUGCAACAAAGAGUGCCAGAAGGCCCAUUGGCCCGCUCAUCGUACAGAGUGCAAGAACUUGCAGGCUAGAAAGGCACUGUUCAGGGCUGCUUGGCUCCUGCAGAAGAUCUGGUACACUGUGCGCAGGGAGUCNUUUGACAAUUCCAUCAUCAAAGCCGAGGAAGUCAACGGAGAGCUUUUAGUCCAUGAGGGCAACUACAGUUCCGAGCCCACUCAAAGGGAACACGGUUUCUAUCGCAAAUUCCCAGAUGCCAUCUUCAAGAACAAGCAGGAUGCUGAGACUUGCUUGGUCUUAUUGUGUUGUGCCGACUCGUUGAGCCACAUGUACAUGGUUACUUCCUGGCUGCUCAAAGAUAGCAAGGAAACCACAGUCAAAGUCAUGAAGGCAGCUCGUAGAUCUCGUUACGUGAGUCACGAAUGGGAUGGAAACUUNCCCCACGAGGUUCUUCUGGUACGCCUACACUCUGGAGAAAGGUAUGCCAUUGACCUGACUGGCGCACAAUAUGGUUUCUACAAGCCCAUCACGGAAUGGAAUGAAUUCUGUUCAAGCUGCGUCGAGGUCAUUCGCACCACAUCAACUGGCAUUGCACUAAAGGGUCCGCUUGGUUUCAAUGCUCGAUCAAUGCUGAUGUUGGCGUUCUCUGAUCCUUGUGACAAUCGCACGGACGGGCAACGUGCGAUUCCCAUGUUCAACGAAUGUCUCAAGCGCCAAUUCAACAAAGAGUUCAUCGAGCAAGUCGUAAGCCAGCACGCUCGUGGCUUGGAUGUGCUCAGACUGCCAAUCUCGAGAUUCGAAGCUGUGGANAAAGACAUACUUCUCAAAACAAAGCAGAUCACCUACAACACAGCGGAAAAGAUUGAUGCCACCCGGGGUGUUAUCCAGAGCUUUGCACACAUAAGCAACAAGAAAAUGCGCGAGAAUCCCGAGAUGGAUGCGGCUCUGAUACUCAAACAGGCGUUGACUCAACUGGCUGCUUUCUUCAAUGGCGAGUGGGCAAGGGACGCUCUUACCGGCCGUCUGACUUCGAUUUCUUUCAACCGAUACUUGGAAGACGAUGACUACACGGACAAAGUGAACAGUGGUGUGUUGCCUGAACAAAAGCUCUGGGGUGAUCUGACACUCCAGCCUGGUCUCAUCGAUUUGGAACCAGAGGUACUUGCUGCGUUCAAGGCAAGCGUUAAAAACAUA